CCGAUCAUUUCACUCAGUUGCCUCUGCGCAUCGCGACGGAACGCACGCGCAUAACUCCCGCGCACAGCUGAUCUCACGCGCGCCAGUGCACCCGACAACUGUGACAGUGACAUGGUUUUGUGUUUUUAUCGGAUACUGUAACUGUACUAUUGGAAACGUUGUGGCGUCAGGCGCUGCACGUGCGGUGAUGCGCCGCGAGCGCCCGGGAUCGACACAUGCAUGCCGCCCGCGCACCCGGUGUGGUUGUGAUGUUAUGGUGGUGGGCGCUCGCGCUGUUGGCGCUUGCAGCCCCCGCCCGCCCCGCGCCCCGGGCGGGCAACGGUGAGCUAUAUUACAGUUACCAAAUGUCGCGCAAAUCGUGCGUGGCUGGCGGCGCGCGCGGGGCUUGCAUGUGGGUGCAGGAGUGCAACAGAGUGGGGGGCACCCACGCGGGGGUGUGUGUCGACGGGUUCAUGUUCGGGUCGUGCUGUCGGUUGCCGGACAAGCCACUGGCUUUAGAAGAAACAUCGAGUGCCGUUGCGAUUACAGAGCGGCCGUAUACACCGCCAUCUAGCGGCUACAGCUCGACAAGCCUAGCGCCGCAAACUACACAAACCAUAUCGCGGCCGAGUUUCCAAACACAACGGCCGUCGUUCAUGACUAAACCAAUAGAUGGCGCUCCAUCCUCACACAGCUAUAGGCCGCCAGAAAUAAACUUACCUUCUUUAGGCAAUUUAGAUACAAGUAGCGAACAAAAUAGUGAUAUAGUUAAUAAAAUAUCGUAUAACAGUGUAAAUAAGUACCAAAAUGUAAAUAGGCCGAGCGAAGAAGCUAGUCCUCACAACAAGAUAUCGUCUAGUCACAUUAUCCCCGGAGCGAGGCCCAUGGCCGUAUCUGAACAACACGCAGAAAACAGCGUUUCUUCAGCGCAAUUCAUGUCGCGACCAAGCAACCUGAACACGAUCCACUGGCAAGCCACCACCGAACCUUCCUUCAUCACGAAGCCGAGGCCUUCCAGCUGGGAGAAGCCUGCUGGCAAGCCGAAGCCUACCAAGAAGUUUACGACCACCACCAGUAAACCACACAAGAACUAUGUGAAGCCAAAAGAUCCCAGUUUGAACAUGAUCAAUAAGACUGAUGAGACCACUGUGUCGCCUGUGCAGACUACUGCUGCUACUGCUAGUGCAGAAUGUGGCCUCACAGCCAUGUGGCCGCGUCCCGAGACCCGAAUCAUGGGUGGUAAGGACUCCAGCUUCGGCCGCUGGCCCUGGCAGGUCUCUGUCCGAAGAACAUCCUUCUUCGGCUUCUCGUCCACUCACAGAUGUGGUGGAGCCAUCAUCAACGAGGGCUGGAUAGCGACGGCUGGCCACUGUGUUGACGAUCUCCUGACCGCGCAAAUCAGGAUACGCGUUGGUGAAUAUGACUUCUCAUCAGUAUCAGAGCAGUAUCCUUACGUUGAACGAGGGGUUGCGCGUAAGGCCGUCCAUCCCAAAUACAACUUCUUCACUUAUGAGUACGAUCUGGCCUUAGUGAAACUGGAAGCUCCAGUGCAGUUCGCCCCUCACAUAUCCCCUAUUUGUCUGCCAGCUAGUGAUGAUCUGCUAGUCGGUGAAAAUGCGACCGUCACUGGAUGGGGGAGGCUAUCGGAAGGUGGGGUGCUACCGUCUAUUUUGCAGGAGGUGCAAGUACCAAUAGUAUCGAACGAGCGUUGCAAAUCGAUGUUUCUGCGCGCGGGACGUCACGAGUUCAUACCGGACAUCUUUUUGUGCGCAGGACACGAGAGAGGAGGACAUGACUCCUGCCAGGGUGACUCAGGGGGACCUUUACAGGUCAAAGGAAAAGAUUCGAGGUACUUCUUAGCAGGAAUCAUUAGCUGGGGCAUCGGUUGUGGUGAAGCCAACCUGCCAGGUGUCUGCACUAGGAUAUCGAAAUUUGUGCCCUGGAUUCUACAAACUGUGAACUCAUAGACAAUAAUAAGAUGGAGUGACAGUUUUGGAAUGGAAAGUGUAAAAAUUAUCAUAAAUAUUGACUAAAAUAUUACGAACUUAAGUUCGAGACAUGUGCAGUGCAAGUUACCUUCAAAAAUGUUGAUUACAAUCAACGUUUUCUGAGGCGUUUUUAUAGGAACAAAAUAAAUAUGAGAAUAAACUUUUGUGAUUCUGACCUAUCCUCUACAUAGUUGCCAAUGUAAAAUUUAUGAACAAUGAUUAUGAACAAAUACAGAGUUUUUUAAAGCACUAAUGCUUGAGAUAAGUCUUCUGUCUCAUUCGAUUUUCGCUAUGUGAAAAAGAUUAUGUUUGACUUGUGUUUUAUCAUCAUUAUCAUCAUAGGCAGCACUUUAUACCAUUGCUUGGUAUAAGACUUUCACACUUUAUGCUUUUCACCACUUUUCCGUGCUGAUCGAAGCUACAUUCGACUUCAGACUUUUCUUAUAUCAUUGACCCAUCUAGCCUUCGGAUGUCCUACGCUUCACUUGCCAUCUAUAAGCCACCUAGUCAGUUAACACCCUCCACCAAGUAUCCCGAUUAGUUCCGUAUAUUAUACUCUUUACUUGUACAUUUAUUUACUCUCGCUCACUCGUCUGAGUAUUUUCCCGAUUCUUUAGGCGUCAUGAGCAUCGGAGCAGGUCAAGUCCUGACCUGACCCUGGGUUGAGUUAAUCAAUUUAAGUUUUUUUAUCAUUUACAUAACAUUGACUUUGAUACUGCGUCUUUUGAUCAUGCAAAGAAAUUUUGGAUAACUUGUAGAGGAUCUUCAAAUGGGACUGAAUUGUGAUCUGAUAUUAGAAUAUCGAUAAUAUUUUGCUAAAAAAAAUACAAUCGAAUCAAAACAAAAUCAAUCACAGUCCAGUAACAUCGUUUUGAAUUCACAAACGUUCAUAAACGCCGAAUAGUGACUGCUUUUACCUGUUAGGUAUCAGGAAUAGAGGGAAUCUCGAGAAGAAAUGGAUGGAAUGCAUUAAAUAAAGUAUGUAUAAGAAGGGUGGUGUUGUGUGAUAUGGCAAGUGACAGAGUUAAAUGGAAGGAGUUAACAUAUUGUGCCGACUCCAUAUGAGUGAGGAAAAAGGUCAAGAAGAAGAAGUGACUGCUUUUACCAAGGCUUACAAAUUCUACAGACGCUUCAAUUUUUUAUAUUUUUUAUGUAAAUAAAUAACUUCUACGUUUAACGUUAUUUUACGUAAUUAUUUAUAGUUAGUGUUUAAAACUUAAUUGUAAAUACUUAUACGUAUUUCUUGCCUUUUAUUAAGUUUUGUAUCUUUUAUACAGUAUUAUUUACUUGUUGUAUAUUUUAUACACCAUAUUUAUUUUUAUGUAAAUAUCAAGCACGACAAAAUUUGACAAAAUAAACUAAGUAUUAUAUAAAACAUUUUUUCUCUACGGGAAGUAAAUCACAAAAUUUUAAACAUGCAUUGAAGAUAGAAAUUAUUAAAUUCUUUACUAUUAUUUUAACAUGAUUUAGAUAAUUUUGUUAGAACAUUCCUUUGUUUAUCCCUGACUUAAUUCGAAUUUUCGUUGAUUUGUUAAACUUAUUAUAUUUAUUGAUCUAAAAAAUGAUGUACUAUAUUUUAACGUUAUACUCUUUAUGAUUACCAAACCAUAAAUUGUAAUGCUUUUAGUGUAAGUAAAAAUGUGGUUACUUAUGCAUACUUUUUGUAUAUUCUAUUGCAAUUUUGUUUGAAUUGAUAGUUUAUGAUAAUGUUGAGUUCAUUAAUUUCGUUUGCACAGUGAAUUUGUUAAUAAUUAAAUUUGAAUUAG